CCGAUCCUGACGCCGCCCCGCGAUUUGUAAUCGACCUUUUCAUAAGUAUAAAGAAGCUGUUGAGAACAUUACUACCUGCUCUAGUUGCUGCUUAAAUAUCCUUCGUUGAGUUCGCUUGCCUCGCUACCACGACAAAAUGGCACGCCUCGCUCCCUACCUCGAACAACAUAAGACUUAUGCGGGCCCUGGAGAUGCCCGCCCCACAGCUAUCCAGGUUGUAGAGGACCAAGGUCUUGUCUCUAGCUCUGAGUGGGUUGGUAGAGUUGUCCUUGUGACGGGUUGCUCGCCUGGUGGACUUGGACCCGAGACCGCAAAGGCCAUUCACUUAACUGGAGCCGACGUCUAUAUAACUUCUCGAGAUGCUGCUAAGGGCAAGCAGAUUGCUGAGGAAAUUAGGACUGAUGGAAAGCCUGGAAAGGUUGAAUUCAUCGUGAUGGACUUGGCUUCGUUGAAAAGUAUUCGAGCCGGAGCAGAAGAGUUUCUCCGUAAGAGCGGUAAUAAACUCAAUAUUUUGAUCAACAACGCUGGAAUCAUGGCCUGUCCUCAGGGCAAGACUGAAGAUGGAUUCGAGUUGCAAUUCGGUACAAAUCACCUGGGCCACUUUUACCUCUUUCAUCUGCUCAAGGACGCUCUUCUAGCCUCCGCGACUCCGUCUUUCAACUCCCGCGUCAUAUCGGUAUCAUCGGCUGCCCACCGCAACAAAGAAAUCAACUUGGACGACCCGAACUUCGAAAAGAGGGAGUAUAUCCCGCUGAAGGCCUACGGCGAAUCGAAACUUGCGAAUAUAUACUUCGCGAAUGAACUGGACCGGAAAUACAAGUCUCAAAACUUGCGAGCUUUGAGCCUUCACCCGGGGGGUAUUCUCACGCCUCUCGCGAGAUAUCUGCCUACCACCCAGGACAUUCUCGACGACAAGGACCUCUACAAGACGCUGAAGGACCCCGCGCAAGGAGCGGCGACUACUGUGUGGGGUGCUGUAGCAAAGGAGUUGGAGGGAAAGGGAGGGCUUUACCUCGAUGAAGUUUCUGUCGCCGAGCCUGCUCCGGCAGAUGUGCCUUAUUACUGGGGUGGUUACGACGAGAAUGCUUUCAACCCUGAGGCCGAGAAAAAGCUUUGGGAUCUAAGUCUGAAGUUAACAGGCCUGAGCGAGUCGUGAUAUACUCAGUAUCGCAGUUUGAAGCACGGAACAUAAGCAAUGGGUAAAAGUUUGACCACGCAUCGCAGUGUGUUGACACCCUUGGUGUGAGGAGUACCUAGGUGGGUUGCCAUCGUUGAGAUAGAGGUUAGACCCCCUGCUUACCUCCUCGAAGGUAGGUAACGAUAUUA